AUGUCGAACGUUCACGUUGGCCAGGUUUACGAGGCUGUGAUUCAGGGAGUCAUCGACGCUGUGCGCGUUGAUUUCGAGGAGAAUGGUGUCGAGGAUGGCGUGCUCGAGGACCUGAAGAAGAAAUGGCAAAUGAAGCUCUCGCAGCUCAACGUGGCCCAGUUUCCCUGGGACCCGAAGCCAGAGCAGCCCGCUCCUCCAGCUCAACCAGCCGCUCCCCCGGCUCCAGCGCCGCAAGCCGCUCCCCCACCGCAGGCGGCUUAUACCCAGUCUACGUUGAGCCCUCAGACUUCAGCUCAACCUCUCUCGCUGCCAAAUAUCAACCAGCCUCAUUCCAACGGGGUGCCCGUCAAGCAGGAGCCAGGGUUGGUCAGGUCCGAGCCGGUCGCUAUCAAGCAGGAACCCGGCGCUGGCUCUCAACCCGUGCAUCCUGGUUAUCACAAUGCCUCCCACCCUAGCCUGCCUACUGUCAACCCCAGCAUAGCCGCUACCCGGGCUGUGCAGGCUUUGCAAAACAAGUACGGCGAGGGAGCUGCUGCCUCCAUUGCCUCCAUGUCCAACGGUAAUGGUAAGGUCGGACAAGGGAACGUUGGCCAAGCCCAACAGCAGCAACAGCAGGUCCAGCAACAACAUGCUCAACACCAGCAACACCCUCAGCAGCAGCAGUAUCAGCAACACCCACAGCAUCCUCAACAACAACGCCCCCAACACCCUCAGCAGAUUCAGCAACAGCACAUGCAACGGCCACAGCAGGGUGGACCUCAGCAGCUGACCCCCGAGCAGGUGUAUCAACGACAGAUGCAGCAACAGAUGCAGCAACGCAUGCAGCUACAGGCUCAACAGGCUCAGCAGCAGCGUGGGAUUGCCCCCAACAACUUGCCUAAUGCCCAGACUGAUGGCCCUAGCGAUGACUGCUGGGAGGCUGUCAUGAUGCGCCGCAACGCCGAAGGCCAGGCUGUCGAGAUGGGCCGCGUCGAGAUUGAUGAUCAUCUUCACGCCCAGAUCGCCGCCCGAGCCAAGCAGAUGGAGGGCGGCGGCCUGAUGCUUCCUCUGAAGCAGGCCACCAAGGUCCGCAGCCUUGACAAUAGACGGAACCGCGCUGCUGGGGGUCCUUCCCAGGUUGAUGGUGGGGAGGAUGACAUGAAGGAUGAGGAUUUGGAUGACGAUGCGAUCAACUCUGACUUGGACGACUCCGACGACAACAAGGAGGACGAGGAUGAGGAUGAUGACAUGGGGCAUAUGAUGCUUUGCAUGUAUGACAAGGUGCAGAGGGUGAAGAAUAAGUGGAAGUGCACACUCAAGGAUGGCGUCCUGACUGUGAACGGCAAGGAGUAUGUCUUCCACAAGGCUACGGGGGAGUACGAGUGGUAA